UCCGGUGGUGGUGCGCCUUCGGGGAAGUUGGGUAUGUGUAAUCUUGGUUCUGGUGGAGACCAUCGGGUGCCAUCGGGCUCCAUCCGCCGCCAUCGGCGCAAGGCCACGCCACAGACGGCACGGGGCCAUUGCCUGGUACUGUGGGCACGCCGUCCGGCCGGAGUUCGGGCCCUGACUCGCUUUCCUCCCUAGGCCCGUAGGCAGCAGCCAUGGCGCCCAGCCGAAAUGGCAUGAUUCUAAAGCCCCACUUCCACAAGGACUGGCAGCGACGCGUUGCCACGUGGUUUAACCAGCCGGCGCGGAAGAUCCGCAGACGCAAGGCCCGGCAAGCCAAAGCACGCCGUAUCGCCCCGCGUCCAGCGUCCGGACCUAUCCGGCCCAUAGUGAGAUGCCCCACGGUGAGGUACCACACCAAAGUGCGAGCCGGCAGGGGCUUCAGCUUGGAGGAGCUAAAGGCCGCGGGCAUCCACAAAAAGGUGGCCCGGACCAUUGGCAUUUCAGUGGAUCCCAGGAGGCGGAACAAGUCCACCGAGUCCCUGCAGGCCAACGUGCAGCGGCUGAAGGAAUACCGCUCCAAGCUCAUCCUCUUCCCCAGGAAGCCCUCGGCCCCCAAGAAGGGAGACAGCUCUGAAAAAGACCUCAAGUUGGCCACCCAACUGACAGGACCAGUCAUGCCCAUACGGAAUGUCUACAAGAAGGAGAAAGCCAGGGUCAUCACAGAGGAGGAGAAGAACUUCAAGGCCUUUGCCAGUCUUCGCAUGGCCCGCGCCAAUGCUCGGCUCUUUGGCAUCCGAGCAAAAAGAGCCAAGGAAGCUGCAGAACAGGAUGUCGAAAAGAAAAAAUAAAGCACUGUUGGCAACUUGUGAUAAA